GACGGUGAGUCCAAUGUGGCUUUGCAUCGUGCGGCACGAAAAGGUCAGGAGAAGGUGGCUGAAACCCUUGUGGCAGCCGUGUCGGGCCGCAACACCUCCAAUGGCAGUUCCUCUGUGGACAUCCUGAAUCGAUUCGGCCGAACACCACUGCACGAAGCUGCAGCGUUUGGAUAUGUCGGGGUGGUCCGCACACUCGUAGCAGGACGUGCAAAUAUGAACCUGCCGGAUAGUCACUGCGAGACGCCGCUCCAUGCGGCAGCUCUAGAGGGGCAUCUGGAUGCCGUGCGGCUGCUGACGGAGGCUGGCGCUGAUGCCAACAAGCCGGAUUGUCACGGAAGAACACCGCUUCAUGCUUCGGGCAACAAGGGCUACGUGGACGUCUCGAGGUACCUGGCCGAGAAUGGUGCAGAUCCCACCAAGCUAGACCGCUACGGCGACACACCGGUUACCUACGUGUCUUAG